UGACAAGCUAAAAAAAGAAAUUUUUUGCCCUUUAUCCUUCCUCUGUAAAUAUUUAUAUGACAGAACAAGAGAGCACGGGCGAACUUGGCUGGCCGGAAUUCAUCAAGACGAGGGUGAUGACAAACAUAACAAGCCCGAGUGUCUCUGAAAGACUAGAUUUUUUAAACCAUUCCUUGUUGAUUCGUCUUCGCCGAAAAGAUCUACCCGUCGAAGCACUUGCUCCACUUUUACACUUGAUAUUCUUGACUAUAUCUCGCUAUCAAGAUCGUGAAUCGCGUAAAGCUAUUGUUGAAGCCCUUAAGGAGUUAAAUAACUGGAACCCAGAGGUAUUUCAAAAGGCAAUUAUCCCAGUUAUUGUCAGAGAAGCUGAGAAAUGUGGAAAACGCAAGCCUACAGGUGAGUGCGUGUCACCUGCUGCAGAUCGAUUCGUUCUCUUGACAUGGAUUGAUGUACUUUUUACUUGUGUAUUGAAGCAUGUAACAAUUGAAGGAGCAAAGAACAACCCUUUGUUUAGUUCAAUUGUGAAUGCUCAGGCCAUCUUGAUUGAUUCGCUCGUAAGCGAUAACAAAAGGUCAAUUAGCAAAAGUGCAGUAGCCGAUGUCAGACGCACCAUUCGUCUUAACGCAGAAGCUAUCCCUACCAUCAUCGACGUUGCUCUUGUCAACGCACAGACAUGUACACCUUCUUUCAAGAAUGCAGUCUUGAUCGGCAUUAUUAUUGACUCCAGUCUUCGCUUAAAGGCAAGAUCUGAUGGAAAGCAAAUGAUAGAGAACGCAGAAAGUAAGUUGACUGAUUAUUACUUGAAGAACAUCAUCUCGUCCCGUACCAUGGUUCAUCCUGCAGCUUUGGAUGCUUUUAAUGAUUACGUUGGAGUUAUUAUAACAAAAGAUAAAUUUGAAAGUCAAUUAUUACCUGUUCUUGACAAGAUGAUGCUUAGAUCUCCAGAAGUUGUCUUGCAAGCCUUGGCUCAUGUCACACCUGCAUUAUCGUUUGAUCCUGCACCCAUCUUUGCGAACAAAUGGCUUGAUCCUCUUUUGAAUCACCUACGUUCAACGUCAGCUGCAACUGUAAGUGGUGCCAAGGCAUUCUGGGAAGCACUAUGCCUUGUAUGUCACGAAACGGAAUCUAUGGUCAAAGUGGGCGAAAGCGUAAGCAAGACCUUGACGAGUGGAAAAGUUGGAUCCUGGGAACACCGUGUCAUCAUGUACAACGCUCUUUCAUCACUUGCUCAAGUUGCCGAUCCUGCCGUAAGCCAGAAAGUGUUGGAGGGAUAUUUUGCCAUGACAGCUAAAGAGACCCAUGAACAAGCUAUGGCUACAGCUGUAGAUGGUAUUGGUCGACACUUGACAGUGUUGAUAUACAAUGACGAGUACUGUAACAGUAACAAAGAAUUUGUGGACAAAGCUGUCAAGGUAUCCACUGAUGGUUUAGGUAGUAGUAAGCCUUUAGCAAGAAAGGGCUGGGCACGUGCAGUGGGUGCAACUGUUUGGGAUCAUGAGAAGCCUAGCGCAACCUUGAGUGCAAAGACAGUGGAUUAUCUUCAAGCCUUGUUCAAGACAUUCAACAAGAUCGUCGAUAAGCCAUUAUUAUGGAAGGAUGGACCAUUAGAAGCCUAUGUGAUGAUUGCCAUCAUUUCUGGUCGUAUCAUGCAUUGGUCGAGCAUCCCUGGCCCUGUGUCUGAUUUAUUAAAAGCACAAAAAUAUCCACAGCAAUUACUGCAAACAUCCCCCAAGCCUAGUUACUUGUUAUGGGACCGUAUCUAUACAAAGGCCACUCCUGCUGAUGAAGGCAUUUGGUUAGUUCGUGCCUUGAGUAAUGUCUGCUUGAACGAAAGUAAGGAGUCUUUGGAAAAAACGGGUGCCGGUUACUUGAUUGCUCAAGCCAUCAUCUGGUUGAUGACGAGCCAUCCAGAACACACGGUACGUAGAGCCACUCGUGAUGAAACAGCAAGAUUGGCAGCAGCAGAUGCUGCUAAGCUCGGCUUCUUUAUGCGACAAGCUCUGAAGCAAUGGGUAUUGGAUAUUGAACAUCAAACAAAGGAUUCAGUGGCUGCACAGGCUACCAAUUCUGAAAACUACAGAAAGGAUAUCGCACCCUACCGACUUGCCACUGUUCUGAACGCAAUCACUUCCUUCAGCAAUGAUCUCGAUAGCACCAUUAAGAACUCUGAAUUGAUUCAGCUUUUAAUUUUGGCGCACCAUAAAUAUAUUGCUUCUCCUACAAACAAGUACAACUGGAUCACUCUCGUCCAGCGUGCUAAUGUGGAUCCUGGUAAGCUGAUCAGUGAACAAUCUACUCAUAUCGUAGAACUGUUAAAGAACGCUCUGACAAACAGAAACGAGUCUGAAUUAUUUUACGAAGCAGCACUUGGUGCCAUAUCCACUGUUGUAUUCGUUUUACCAGACACAAUUCCUGAUUUCAUUGAUAUAGCCGAGAACAACCUUGAGCCCGAAUUGAUGAAAGACAUUCAUGAAUUAGAGCGCAACAUUUGGAAGUGUCCACCUGAUAUCACUUUUGUUGAUGUUCUCAAGAAAGACAAAAAGACAGAAAGUAGAAACACAAACAGAAAGAACAAGACUGACGAAGAAUGGGAAGAAGAGCUCCGUGCCGAGCUUGCCAAGAAGAAGGGAUUAACCCAAAAGUUGACAAAAGAAGAACAGGCUGCUGUUAAUGCUCAAUUGAAGAAAGAAGCAGAAAUUCGUGAAAGAGUUCAGCAGAGUUAUGAAAAGAUCUCGCUCGGUUUGGGCGUGGUUUGCUCAAUCAUUGCUGGCAACAGCGGUGGAGCUGAAGAAUAUUUGAUUGACAUUGAGCGUAUGUUGCUUGAAGCUGGCAAGGGUCGUGUCGGUCUUCUUGUGGAUGACAUGCUCGUGAACACUUACCUUCGACUGGGUGACUGCAUUGAUGAGGACAUCCAGAAUAUCCGUGAUGCUAUCGGUUUGGCCACUCUUCGUGCCAAUCGUAUCGAGCCUAUUCCUGAACGCUGGCUAGAAGAACCUCUUGAAUCCCUUUCUGGUCGUGUGCUUUAUCGCUUACGUUUCAUUAGUGAAUCGCGCCCCUUGGCACCUGCCUCCUUUGGCUUCUGUUUCCCUGUUCUCUUCCAGGUCAUUGAGCAAGGCAGCAUUGGCUACGAAAAGAAUAGUGAGCAGGCUCUUGAACAAAUCAUUAUGGGUGUCGAUAUCAUCGGAUUCCACUGUAUACAAGGUGACUCCCUCUUGAUGCCACGCAAGGAAAUGAUCACAACCUUGCUCCGUGCUAUCAAGGAGUAUCCUUCUUGUAGUAAAACUGCCAAAACCUCGCUGGUUACUCUAACUGAAGCCAUGGCCGAUUCUGCCACUAUGGAAGAAAUCAAUACGGUUCUUCAAGGUCUUUUAUCACCUGAAGUCCUUGUCCGAACUGCUGCUCUCCAAUCACUGGAGAAUCUUGAUCUUACAGACAUUGACUAUUCUCCAGAACUCUGGGUUGCCUGCCACGAUGAGAAUGAAUCCAACGCUCAAUUGGCAAAGGGACAAUGGGAAGAAAAUGCAAUGGAUGUUGAUGAGAAUUACUUGGAUCAAUUAUUAGCCUAUGUUGUGUCUGACAACGACUAUGUUCGCCAGGCUGCUAGUCGAGCCAUGGCCGAAGCUGUAGAAAUUUACCCAGAUACGGUAGGUGCAACACUUCAAGCCAUCUACGAUCGAUACAAAGUCCUUGCUGCUCCGCUUACACCGGAAUAUGAUGAGUACGGUAUGGUCAUUCCCGAAACCUUGGAUCGUCCAGACCCUUGGAAGGCUCGCGUUGGUCUUGCACUUACCCUGAAAGCAAUGGCACCUUUCAUGCAAUCUCAAAACGCACCCAACUUCUGCAAAUUCCUGAUCGUUGGUCAAGCACUGGGUGACCGUCAUGAACUAGUUCGUAGUCGUAUGCUAGAAGCCGGUAUGGCUGUUAUUAAUGCCUAUGGUAAAGAAAGCGUUGCUGAGUUCUUGACCACCUUUGAAAGCUACUUGAAUUCCAAGACAGACAAUAGCGAUGUUGAAGAUCAUAUCCGUCAAGCCGUCGUCAUCCUUUAUGGUGGUGCUGCAAGCCAUCUAUCCCCUGAAGACGAAAAGGUGAACACGGCCGUUGAAAAGUUGAUUGAUACCCUAGACACACCAUCUGAAACUGUACAAAGUGCGGUCGCUGACUGUCUUCCACCUCUUAUCAAAAUGUGCAAGGACGAAGUACCUCGUCUGAUCAAGUCUCUUUUGAACAAACUUUUCAAGGGAGAAAAGUAUGCCCAGCGUCGUGGUGCUGCAUAUGGUCUUGCUGGUGUUGUCAAAGGUCGUGGUAUUACUGCUCUUAAGGAAUGUAAUGUGAUGAAUGCGCUGAAAGAUGCUGCUGAAAGCAAGCGUUCAUAUGAACAACGACAAGGCGCCAUGUUUGCUUUUGAAACAUUGUCUGCUACCUUGGGUCGUCUAUUUGAGCCUUACAUCAUUCAAAUCAUUCCACUUUUACUCGCUUGCUCAAGUGAUGCCAACGCUGACGUUCGAGAGGCUACAUCGGAUGCUGCACGUGUGAUCAUGAGUAAGAUCAGCGGACACUGUGUAAAGCUUAUCUUGCCCUCUAUCUUGGAAGGCUUAGACGAUCGACAAUGGCGUACUAAGAAAGCCUCUGUAGAACUUUUGGGUUCUAUGGCCUACUGUGCUCCUAAGCAGUUAUCUGUCUCUCUUCCCAACAUCAUUCCACGCAUUUCUGAAGUCUUGGCCGAUACCCAUGCUCAAGUGAGAGCCUCUGCUAACCGAUCACUUCAAUUGUUUGGUGAAGUUAUUAGCAACCCAGAAAUUCAAGCACUUGUUCCUGUCUUGUUGAAGGCCUUGUCUGAUCCUAAUAAUCAAACAGGACCUGCUCUUACUUCACUCUUGCAAACUUCCUUUGUGCACUACAUCGAUCCACCAUCACUUGCCUUGCUGAUGCCUAUUCUUGAGCGUGGUCUUCGUGAACGUACUACAGAAGUCAAGACAAAGUCUGCGCAAAUUGUUGGCAAUAUGGCCUCACUGACAGAUCAGAAGGACCUUGUACCCUAUCUUCCCGUAAUCCUGCCUGGUCUUCACCAAGUGCUUGUGGAUCCUGUUCCAGCUGCACGAGGCACUGCAGCCAAGGCAUUAGGUGCCCUUGUUGAAAAACUUGGAGAAGAGAACUUCCCUGGCUUGGUCCUUGACCUGCUUGAUACACUCAAGAGCGAAUCUGGAGGUGUUGACAGACAAGGUGCUGCUCAAGGUUUGUCUGAGGUCCUUGCAGGACUUGGUCUCGAGCGACUUGAUGGUCUCUUGCCCGAGAUUAUUUCCAAUGCCGAGUCACCACGAUCCUAUGUUCGUGAAGGUUUUGUUUCCUUGCUUAUUUACUUGCCUGCCACAUUCGGUUCACGAUUCCAGCCUUACCUUGGCCGCAUCAUUCCUCCUAUCCUCUCUGGUCUUGCUGACGAGAGUGAAUAUGUGCGUGAGGCAUCGCUCCGUGCUGGUCGUAUGAUUGUGACCAACUAUGCUACAAAGGCUGUUGACUUGCUGCUUCCUGAAUUAGAAAAGGGCUUAUUCGACACUAAAUGGCGUAUUCGACAAAGUUCAGUACAGCUCGUCGGAGAACUCCUCUUCCGUAUCACGGGCAUUCAUACCAAGAAUAACGAUAUGGCGCUUGGCAACGUUGUUGAACUUAAUGACGAUGAUGUGGACGCAAACUAUGAUGAAGAUUAUGGAGCAGCCGAAAAUAAGAAGAAGCAGUUGGUUGAAGUACUUGGUAAAGAAAGAAGAGACCGUAUCCUGGCCGCACUGUAUAUUGUCCGUCAAGACUCCUCUGGUAUGGUCAGACAAGCAUCACUUAUGGUCUGGAAAUCACUUGUGUCCAACACACCACGUACACUGAAGGAUAUUAUGGUCGUUAUGCUUCACAUGAUCAUCAAGCUCUUAUCCAGUGAAAAUUAUGAACAACGUGCGGUGGCUGGUCGUACUCUGAGUGAGUUGGUACAGAAAUUGGGAGAGAGCAUUCUGCCCGAAAUUCUUCCAGUAUUGGAAGAAGGUAUACGCUCUGACGACGAAGCCACACGCUUGGGUGUCACUGUUGCAUACAGUGAAGUAAUGACAUCUGCUGACAAGGUGCAAGUAAACGAUUUUGCUGAGCAAAUCGUACCUGUUAUCAAACAUGCAUUAUGUGACCCAUCAGACGAAGUGCGUGAGGCAGCUGCACAAGCAUUUGAUACACUUAAUCAAUGUAUUGGCGCAAAGGCCAUUGACGACAUCCUUCCAUCACUGCUGAACAAGCUGCAGUCAUCAGAUGAGUCCUCUGGCUAUGCAUUAUCAGCUCUUAAAGAAAUCAUGUCUGUGCGCUCUCAUGCCGUCUUCCCCGUGCUCAUUCCUACAUUGAUCACUGUACCUAUUACAGCCUUUAAUGCCCGCGCUUUGGCUUCACUCGUCACUGUUGCAGGGCCAGCGCUGAAUAAGCGACUGACAGCUAUCUUGGAUGCCCUUAUGGAAUCACGCAUGGUGACUGAUGAUGAAGAGACAAAAGAAGCUUUGAAGGCAACUACGGAAGCUUUGUUACUUUCCAUUGAUGAAGAAGACGGUUUGUAUACACUGACAGUUGCACUUAUGGAAUACUGCCGUAAUGAUAAUCCCAAUAAGAGAGCCAUUGCAUGUGAUAUUACUGGAGAAUUCUUUAAUGUCACUGAACUUGACUGUUCAGCCUAUGUACCUGAUUGGAUUCACUUACUCCUGCUCCUUCUUGACGAUCCAAUCGAGAAGGUCAUUGAGUCCGCAUGGCAUGCACUCACGGCCGUGACCAAGUCCGUACCAAAGGAAGAGUAUGAAGAAUUGGUAAUUCCUACAAGACGAGCACUUGUCAACAUUGGUGUCCCUGGCUGUGACUUGCGUGGAUUCUGUCUGCCCAAGGGCAUCAGUUGUAUCUUGCCUAUUUUCUUACAAGGCUUGAUGUAUGGAUCCACCGAAGUGAGGGAACAAUCAGCCCUUGCGAUUGGUGACUUAAUUGAUCGUACAUCAGUGGUUGCACUCAAGCCUUUUGUCACACAAAUCACGGGUCCUCUUAUCCGUAUUUUAGGUGAUCGUUACCCUGCGGAAGUGAAAGCUGCUAUAUUACAGACAUUGAGACUUAUGUUGAAUAAGGUACCUAUGCAUCUGAAACUGUUCUUGCCUCAACUUCAGCGUACCUUUGUCAAAUCAUACUCUGACUCAGAUAAUGAACAAGUUCGUCAACUGGCAGCUUCUGCUUUAAGAGUACUUUCCACACUUCAGCCCAAGAUAGAUCCAACUGUAGCAGAGAUUCUCGAAAAGGAACCCAAUGCAUAAAUAAACUCAUAUGAAAAUUUCCCUUUUUUCCCUAAAAGCAUUCUUCUUGAUACGUAGGGCCGUGCACGAGAUAUACACAAAUCUGAAUUUGUAUAUAUAAAAAAAAAAAAUAGAUAAGUUGAAGUGUCUAUUUGUCCUACACAAUUGAG